UUCCACUUCAGUACUCGCUUUUCCUCUUCCGGUCGCGGCGACAGCAGCUUCAAAAUGGUGCAGCGCCUGACAUACCGACGUAGGCUGUCCUAUAACACAGCAUCCAACAAGACCAGACUGUCCCGGACGCCUGGUAACCGCAUUGUGUACCUGUACACAAAGAAGGUUGGAAAAGCCCCAAAGUCAGCUUGUGGCAUCUGCCCAGGAAGACUCCGUGGAAUCCGGGCUGUUAGACCUCAGGUUCUAAUGAGACUCUCCAAGACCAAGAAGCACGUCAGCAGGGCCUAUGGAGGCUCCAUGUGCGCCAAAUGUGUGCGUGACAGGAUCAAGCGUGCUUUCCUGAUCGAGGAGCAGAAGAUUGUAGUCAAGGUGCUCAAGGCCCAAGCACAGAGCCAGAAGUCGAAGUAAAGUGUGUAUUUGUAUUGCUACAAUAUUAAUAAAAAACAAAAAACUACA